AUGGCCGAAGCCGAACAGAAUGAUGUCGUCUUUGAAGAUUUCUUUCCGUCAAUGAUAGAGAGACUGGGUGCUGAUCAAUUUAUUGCUGAGCUCUGUAACGGGUUUAGCUUGCUAAUGGAUCAGCAAACGGGUCUCAUCACAUUCCAGAGCCUGAAGAGAAAUUCCUCUCUUUUGGGACUGCAGGACUUGAGUGAUGAUGAACUAUCGUGUAUGUUACGAGAGGGGGAUUUGGAUGGAGAUGGAGCACUGAAUCAAUCAGAAUUCUGUGUUCUCAUGUGCAGGCUGAGUCCAACUAUAAUGAACAGCUCAAGAAGGUUGUCGGAGGAAACCUUUGGAAAUCAGUGUUAG